AUGCAUCUCCCAGAGGAUUUGAUAGUGGAGAUACUCGAGAAGGCUUCAGCAGCUUCUCUAGCACGAUCAAGAUGUGUAUCUAAAAGAUGGAAAGCUCUGAUCAAAGAUGUGAGAUUAGCGGAGACGCGUUCUCAUGCUACGGUAAUCAUGCUGAUUGGCUUUAGGGUUUAUCUAGCGAGUGUCAAUCUCCACGAAAGUUACGGAAACAUGGUAUUGGUUACAGAUCAGUUUAGGCUCAAAGAUCCUUUUUCUAAAUCUUCAGAAGAAGUCAAAAUAAGCGACAUCUUUCACUGUGACGGCUUAUUGCUAUGCACCACCAGAGACAUUAGACUUGUUGUUUGGAAUCCGUAUUCACGUGAAACCAGGUGGAUUCGGCAACCACGAAGCUCCUACAGGAAAUCAGAUUACUUUGCUCUCGGUAAAACCUCAUGCAACAAGUACAAAAUCUUGAGGAUGCAACAAUUUGGUAAAGGUAUCCCAUACUUACUUAAGUCCGAAAUCUAUGACUUUACGUCUAGUUCGUGGAGGUUUGUUGGUAACACUAGAGACGGGUAUAUACAACGGUGGAAGGGCCGUGUCAUGUCUGUAAAUGGAAAUACUUACUGGCUUGCUUCUAGUAAAGACAAUAAUGUGGAUUUCUUACAAAGUUUUGAUUAUUCAACAGAGAGUUUCAGAAGUGCGUCUCUUCCCGAGGAUCAUCAUUCUUAUCAAGUUUGCAGCUUAUCAGUGACAAGAGAAGAACAACAACUUUGUUUUUUUACUAAGGUAGAGCGGCGUAUAAAUGUGUGGAUUGCAACUAAGAUUGAGAGUAACGGCGCUGCGUCAUGGAUCAAGUUACUAUCCGUUGCUUUAGCCUGUAUCCACCAGCCUUUUGUCCUUUGUAGUGCGAUGAAUUUCUUGGUCGACAAGGAGAACAAAGUUUUAGUGUGUCGCGGAAAAAAUGGGGUCUCCAACAAGUUCUUACACAUUUUGGGAGAAAAUAAAUCCAUACAAGUGCAUCAUCACGAUGCCAAAUCUGAAUGCUCACUUCUUGUCAAUUAUGUUCCAUCUUUGGUUCAAAUUCAACAAGGUUCUUUGAAGAAAAGGUAA